GGAGGGGAGAGCUUUAACCCGGUCACAACUGGGGAAGUUGCGCACGGUUUUUCUGCGUUGCCAUGGGUUUUGUGAAACCUACUGACAGCAUUAGGUCCUUUCUUUGAGUCUGUCUUUUCUGUGAAGGAGGAGGAGGAGGAGGAGGAAGAAACCGCUAUUACUUUUUACCCUAACAGGGGCGCGUGAGGAGCAGCAGGAGGAGGAGGGGUAGCGACACCAGCAGCAUCCGAGGGGAGGUGGAGAAGAAGGAGGAGUGGGAGCGGAGGUGCUCUCGGUUGAGACGAACAGCGUUACGUUAGCAGUUAAACCUCCUCGCGCCCUCUUCCGCCGCUCGUGGAGAAAAACUCAACUUUGCGAACAGCUCCUGCGACACGAGUCACACCUGAGGACAACAAAACAUUCAGAGCCCCAGGAAAGAACGCUUGAACAGAGACUUUAACGUGAAUAUUUCUUUGUUAAAGCAAAAAUCAGAUCCAGAGCAGAGCCGAGUCCCUGCUGACACACAUGAAAGUAUGAGGUACGGCACUGUUAGCCCACCAGGAAGAUGAACUGAGGACACAGAGGAAAAGAUUCAUUUGUUGACCGUCCAACAUCCUACAGCAAAACCAUGAGGUUACAGAGAAGUCCAGGACUGGCUGCCAGGCUCAUCGCCAUCACUUGUAUUUGUGCCUUUCAUGCAUCUGCAGCCUUUGACAUCCCGCUAGAAGUUCUAGGUCACGUAAACAUUGAGCAGCUGCCCAGCAUCACAGCUCAGCCCCCCAGCUCGCUCAUCGCCUUCCCUUUUGAGGAGAGCUUCCCUGUGACGUGUGAAGCCAAAGGGAAUCCCGAGCCAGAAUUCAGAUGGACCAAGAAUGGGCUGGAAUUUGACCCCUUUCUAGACCCCCGUCUGAUGAAAGAGGAGAAUUCUGGGACCUUUGUGAUACCUAAUAAAGGGAACCUCACGGAGUACCAGGGAAUCUACCGCUGUUACGCCUCAAACAAACUGGGGACCGCCAUAUCCAAGGAGAUUGAGUUCAUUGUGCCCAAUGUUCCGAAAUUUCCUAAAGAGACGAUUGAUCCUGUUGUGGUGGAGGAAGGGCAGCCUUUUGUGCUGAAGUGUGGCCCACCUGAAGGCAUACCUCCUAUGCAGAUCUAUUGGAUGACUAUCUAUCUCCAGCACAUCGAACAGAACAAACGGGUGUCUACAGGCCUGGAUGGAGAUCUUUACUUCUCCCACGCGGUGGAGACAGACAGUGGGAGGGAUUACUGCUGCUUCGCCGCCUUCCCCACCAUAAGAACCAUCGUUCAGAAGAGCGCCAUGUCUGUCGUCGUUAAGAAAAGAAAAAGUGACAGUCCUGAAAGUGCUAAUGAAAUUCUGCAGAGGAGACCUGCUCUUAUGAUGCCCCCUGGUGUCAGAUCAGAGAUACGGCUGGUCAAAGGAGAGGACUUGAAGCUGGAGUGCAUUGCAGAAGGAAUUCCAACUCCAGAUGUGGAGUGGGUGAAGAUAGAUCCUAAACUUCCCAGUAAGGCAAAGCAAGAGAAUCAUGGGAAACAGCUGAUCAUACCAGAAGCUGGACAGGACGAUGGUGGAGAGUACAUGUGCAAAGCAAAAAACUCUCUGGGAGAAACCAGGCAUUACUUCACAGUGAUAGUUGAAGAGCCUCCGGAGUGGCUGUCGGAGCCGGAGAGUCAGCUCAGUAUGAUCGGCUCAGAUGUGGCCAUCAAGUGUUCAGCCAGAGGGAUCCCAGAGCCGAGCAUAACGUGGAGGGUGAACGGCGUUCCUCUGCAGGAGUCCCCAGCGGCCAACAGGAAGGUGUUCAGUGAUACCAUCAUGUUGCAUAAUGCCAGACCUCUAGACAGUGCCGUCUAUCAGUGUGAGGCCUCCAACAAACACGGAACCCUUCUGUCCAAUGCAAACAUCAUGAUUAUUAACCUGCAGCCUAUGAUUUUGACCAGUGAUGGGGAGGGUUAUUCUGCAGUGGAGGGGCAGGGAGUGAUGAUGCACUGCAAGGUCUUCAGCUCUCCUCCUUCCUUAAUCACUUGGAGCAAAGACGACUCCUCUGAAUCUAUUACAGACAUCAGGUUUAAUAUCCACGAAAAUGGUUCGCUAGAGAUCUCCAGCGUGCAGAAAGGCGACACGGGACAGUAUACAUGUUUAGCUAAAAACAUAGAGGGAUCAUCUGCCAUUGAUGCCAUGCUUUAUGUAAAAGAUCCCACUAGAAUAGUGGUGGCCCCAGAGGACCAGCAGAUCCUAAUAGGUACCGCAGUCCAGCUCUCGUGCAUAGCAGAGUACGACAAGUCCUUCAGUAGCAACUUCGAGCUCCUGUGGGAAAAAGAUGAUGUGGUGAUAACCCUCAACAAUACAGAGAAUUCGAGAUAUUUAGUAGAAGACGGCAUUCUUCACAUUACCAACGUGAGCCACAGAGACAGGGGUGUGUAUACAUGCGUGGCAAAGACUCCAGUGGACCGAGACACGGCCUGGGCCUGGCUAGUGGUGUUAGACGUCCCUGAUCCACCUCACAGCUUGGUCCUGUCUGAGCACAAGAGCACAAGUGUGAAACUGGCGUGGAUCCCUGGUGAUGAUCACAACAGCUCAAUCACAGAGUUCAUUAUCGAGUACGAAGAAAGCAAGUGGGAGCCAGGCAACUGGAAGGAGCUGCUCCGACUCUCCGGGAACCAAAACUCAGCCGAGCUCAAACUUCACGGACACAUCAACUACCGCUUCCGCAUGUACGCGGUGAAUGGCGUUGGAGCGGGUCUUCCCAGCCAAUCCACAGAGAGUUACACAACCCCCCCAAGAGCCCCGGACAAGAACCCUGAAAAUAUCAAAAUCGAAGGUCAUUUGCCACAUGAAAUGAAUAUCAACUGGGAGCCUCUGCUGCCCAUCGAGCAGAACGGUCCCGGUCUGGAGUAUAAGGUGAGCUACAGACGGCAGGAUGUGGACGAGGACUGGAAAGAACACACUGUGAAGAGACACUCGUUUGUGGUCAAAAACACUCCCACAUUUGUGCCAUAUGAAAUCAGGAUUCAGACUAAGAACCACCAGGGCUUGGGCCCUGAGCCCAAGAUAGUGACCGGCUACUCAGGAGAAGACUUUCCCUCUGCUGCACCUGACGAUGUAGCCGUGGAGGUGAUGAACAGCUCAGUGGUGAAGGUUACCUGGACACGAGUACACAAAGACAAGUUGCACGGACAUCUGGGAGGCUACAGGAUAAACUGGUGGCGUCUGCGCAGCCUGGUGGACUCUAAGAAAAGUCACGGAGACAAACACAUGCUGGCGUUCCCCGGGGAUCGCAACCAUGGCACGGUAGCGGGACUGACGCCCUUCUCCGAGUACAGCCUCAUCGUCAUGACCUUCAACGGGCGGGGCAACGGCCCAGGCAGCCAUCCCGUCAACUUCAAAACCCCCGAGGGAGUGCCAGAGAAGAAUCCAGUUUUCAGUGUCACAGAUGUACAGAAGGACUCUGUCUCUCUGGCCUGGGCUCCACCUCUGGAGCCUAAUGGGAUUCUUACCGGGUACCUCCUCGAGUACCAGCUGAUCAAUGAAACAGAAGAAGCGGGGCCUGUGCAGACAGUCGACAUCAGCAAUCCAGACACCAUCAAGUGGGUCCUCCGUGACUUGGAGCCUGUGAGCAGAUACAAGUUCUACCUUCGUUCCUGCACCACGGUGGGCUGCGGACCCGUUAUCAGCGAGGAGUGCACCACCAUCCUGGAAACACGUCUGGCCAGCAUACACGGAGGGAUAUCCACUCAGGGCUGGUUUAUCGGCCUUAUGUGUGCCAUCGCUCUUCUCACACUCAUUGUGUUGAUCGCCUGCUUUGUCAACAGAAAUAAAGGAGGAAAAUAUUCUGUAAAAGAAAAAGAAGACCUUCACCCAGAUGUGGAGUCCCAGGGCAUGAAUGAUGACACCUUCUGUGAAUACAGCGACAACGAUGAGAAGCCGCUGAAAGGCAGCCAACGCUCUCUGAGCAGGGAAAUCAAAGCGGGGGACAGCGGCGACAGCCUGGUGGACUACGGCGAUGACGACGCUCAGUUUAACGAAGACGGCUCCUUCAUCGGCGAGUACGCGGGGCGAAAGGAGAAGAGGGUGUCCGCUGAGAUCAAAGCCCCUGCUCAGACCCCGGCAUGAGGAGCGGAGUGGCCACUCAUCUGCACCUGGACACUGAUUUCAUCACACCCGCUGGAAGGAACAAAUACAGGAAAAUGGACGCGAUCCACUCCCAGCACGCGUUGUGUCAAACGUAAUGCGUCAUUGCCAACUGCACACUGCCAUAUGCUCAUUUUUAUAAAGCUCUGUUUCCUCAUGUUGCAACACAAUGACCAUUACUAAAUAUGCUGUAUAUAUAUUGUACGUGCUGAUUGUCUCCUUUUUUUUUUUAUAAUUGUUACUCAAAAUUUAGAGGACUCCCUCAUUUUUUGUUAUUUGUAUAAUUUUCUUUCUACUUCCAUUGCUUCAGCUGCACUGCUGAUUGUAUAAAUGUUAGACUGUCACAUCCCAUCAUCCAUCAUUAUUUGCAGCUCUGUCUCCGAUGUCAGCAUGUAGCAGGUCAAAGGCGAGCGGGCCUUAAACUUCAGUUGGGACAAUAUUACUGACCUUUUAUAUUUGAAAUGGAUUCAUUAAAUAUGAUGUAAGAUGUGUAUAAAGGUUUGCUUAUUAACUUAUUGUUUUUUCCAAUGGUUUUAUACCCGACAAAAUCAAUACAAUUUACAUAUCAUGGCACCGUAAAUAUUGAUUCUUCAGUCUUGAAUCUCUUCAUGAUGGAGAAAAGUUAUUAUUCACUUCGUUUAGCAUCCACUAAAUCACAAGCUUAAGGUUUUAUUGAGCAUAACCCAUAACAUAGCCCAAAACACAGCGCUGCUAGACUUGGCACAGUUUCAAACAUUUGAUCCAGUAAGGAUUACAGUAAAUCAAACCAACUUAAUAAUUCAGAAUUUCUGCUGUUCCAAGGGUUUUUGAUGGUCUAAAGCAAGCAGCUAGUUUCUUUAGCCUUCCAAAAAGAAAUAUAUAACCUUGAUUCUGUCUUGAGAGGAAGAAAAAAAACUUUCUUUUUUACUUUUAAACUGUUGGGAUACUCGAUCAGAUUAGAUGGUAAAGCCUUUUGCUUCUUUUGUUCCUCAUGUUCAUCAAUCACUAUGUCACAUGUUUUAUUGCUCAGAGUCAGUUCAAAUCUAUCCAUCUUCAUUAAGAAGCAUCUAGUCUGCAUCAGGUAGUCAUGGAAAGUAAAAUGUAAAUGUUGGAUUUAAUACAUCUAUAAUUUUCCAGUUCUCAUCUGCACAUUUGUUUGGUGAAGCCACUUUUCAAAUGGGAUAUAAAGUGUUAACUAGUGUUCUUCAGUGUCUUCAGAGAUGAGUGAAUUUUUGUUGUAAGAACCACUGAAGCCAUCUGUUUCUCUGUUUACAUGUCAGCAAAACUGCCUGCUGGAGCGUCACAGUUUAAGUAUGGACAUGUGAUCCGCAUCUGUUUUUAUCUUUCACACAGGAAUGUCUGUCUGUUUAACCUUUAAAGAGGUUCUCUGGGCAAAGAGUGUUUGAAUCAAAGUGUACAAGAAUAAUCUUUAUCAAAGCAGCUUCAAAAACAGUGUCCUACAUUUCCUACAAUGCAUUUUUUAUUAGAAACAGGCCAUUCUUUUAAACAACACAAGCUAAGAUAACUGGGUUAUUUUCACACUGGAUCCAAGAGUUGUGUAAUCAGAUUACUUUGUCUGGUUGCUACCCUGUAAUCGAUCUUAACAAGUCUUACCGCCAUCCAGAACAGUCUUAUUCUCAGCAUUAACAUUAGGAACAUGAGAGAAAUUGCAAUGUUUUGUUAUUCAGCCAUUGCAUGUUAUGUUAAUUGGUGUUUUUUUGAUGUCAUUAAAUCAGUUUACUUUCCUA